UUCUCGACGCAUCGCGACCAUUUCGAUGGCUAGCUUCCAUCUCUUUGUUUUAUAGCGAAUUUAACACACAUAUUUUCAUUAAAAUUACCACAUAUUUGUGGACAAUAAUCAAGGUGCACUUGUCAUAUAUGUAAUACGUAUAUUCUUAUACGAUAUUUACUAUAAGUGAUUCAUUCUAAGUGAAGUGCGUACGCAUAUAAGUGGUGAAACAGUUUUGUGCGUUAUUUUUAGUUAAAAUAAUCACAAUGCCUGCUAGUGCGGUUUAUCAGCCAACAACGGUGACUUAUGAACAGCAACCUAAUGAUCAACGCUGGAAUUGCCCAAUCAGCUACUUCUCACGAAGGGUGACAAGUAGCUUGAACCGGGUUGUGUGCAUACGUCUGGCAUUGUGCCUCUUUGGAAGCACUUUGUUUAUUAUAGGUCUUGCACUUCUAAUAGCCGGUGGUGUACAGUAUUCCAACUCGCCUGCGACGCCCACGCCACAAGACUCCGAUAACGGGUUCGGGGCCCUCAUCGCUGGCGGUGUUAUAUUAUGCCUUGGACUGCUAUUUGCAGGAGUAGGCGGAUGGGCUUGGUCGGCUCGCUGGGGAGGAGGCAAGGAGGCACCAGCUAGCGGUGCUGCUGCACUAACUGCGCUUAACCCAUCAACGGACCCAUUGGUUGCUGCGCAGUACGCGCCUGUACGAGAUGCGCCGCCUGCGCCCGAUGACGAAAUGCGAAACCUUAUGGACAACAAGGAAUGUUUGAGCAGUGCAGAAGAAAGUGACAAAAUGCUUGAUGGUCGACCGUCUGUGGCGUAAAUAAAGAUAAAAAAUAAAAGGUAUUCUUGUAAACGAGUUCUGAAACAUAAAUGUCCACCUAUAAAAAUAUUUUCAAUCUUUCAAACGGACGAUUGUACUUAAAUUAUAUAAGAAAGAAUUUAUUUUAUUACAAUCGCCUUUUAAAAAUUGGAUAGGGAUUUAACCAGUUUUGUUUCCGUAACAGAAACGAUACCUUUCAUACAGAAAAGGACAAAAAUUUGAGGUGUAUUAUUUAAUAUAUCAAUACUUAGUUGAAUUGCAUUUUACGGUACAAAUUAUAUGCGGCAGUUUUAUAUGUGUGAUAUUUUAUUUACAUUUUAUUUUAUUUUUGACUUAAUAUAUCUUAGUGGCACGUGUAGAACCCGACUUAUGUUUGAUUAAACAACAACACAUUGUUUAAAUAUUCUGCCUUUGUCAUAAGUAUUUUUUGUAAAGUGUUCAAUUUAGAACUAUAAUGUAAUUCUAUUUAAUGGUAGAAUUAUAAAUUACAGAUAUAUUUUCUUGAUGUUAUACACACGAUCAAUAUUCAUAAAAUAUAGUUUUCGUAGAUGAUAAUGGUAAUUUAGAAGACAUGUGGCCAAAUUAUCGUCCAGUUUUAAAAAUUAGAUAUAAUGUCCAUAUAUAAACGUUUUUCAGUAAUAAAGUUGUGUAAUGACAUUGUAUUGUAGCAUACAUAUUUUUGAUGUUUCAAAUCUAAAAUGUAGGCGUAUUUUUGGUUAUAUAUAAAAUGUGCAUUUCAAUAGAUAGUACAUAUAAGAAUAGUGGAUGUAUUCGAAAAAUAUUUUCAUAGCUACGAACCGGUUUUUAUUUGUCAUUGAUGUUUGACAUUUAUUGAAUAUCAAAA